GGGGCCAAAUAUUCUCUUUCAAUUUGCAGAAUCUUGUACCUUGACUUGUCAUAUACCUGCGUUUACUUGAAAUGGAGGACUACUAUUUUGGAAACCCUAAUUAUUCUAACCCUAAUUGCGCUCAUUCUUUCGUGACUAUGGCUACUCCCACCUCAGAUUUCAUGUUAUCUGAUUAUCUAUUGCUUGAUGAUGAUGUUAUUAUGAUUGAUAAUCAUCAUCAACAUCAAGAUCAAGAGUCUUGGUCACAGAGUACUGAAUCAUCUUCGUUGGCAGCAGCAUCAAGCAAUGUCAAUCACGAAUUUGGUGGUGCAACAACCUCCAGCCACAAUAACAACAUAAAAUGCAAAAAUAAUGUGAGUAAGCGAAACAAGCAGGUAGAAGCGAGGCAAAGGGUGGUGUUCAGAACUAGAUCGGAGCUAGAGGUCAUGGAUGAUGGAUUUAAAUGGAGGAAGUAUGGAAAGAAGUCAGUAAAGAACAGUCCCAAUCCUAGGAACUAUUACAAGUGCUCGAGUGUAGGAUGCGGUGUGAAGAAAAGAGUGGAAAGGGAUGCAGAAGACAGGAGCUAUGUGUUAACAAGUUAUGACGGUGUUCACAAUCACCAAAGCCCUUCUUCUAACUCCUACUACACUACUUCUCCAUUCUCCAUCUUCCAUUCUAAUGAUAUUAAUUGGUCCCUCCAUGCUCCUGCUGUAAACUCAUCAUCCUCUAAUUCCUAGACACUACUACUUUCAUGUCAAUUACCGCUACAAACAAAUAUGUUUCUAUGUAUGUAGAUUAUUUGUUUAUCUAGAGAAGGCUGAGAAUUGAAUUAUUGAAGGUUUUGCAGUAGUUAGUUAUUUUUAGUUUAAUUAAUUACCUUCAUCCAAUUCUCUAAUUAAUUAUAAUUAUUAACAUUAUAAGUUAUAUAUAACUCUAUGUAUACUCAAGAAGGUAUUGAAGGAUAAAUACUUCUA